UGGCAGCAUAGCAGCAGUAGUUACACAUUGCAUCAAUCGCUAGGCAGCACAAGCAGCGUACAAGUUGAUCGACCAUAUUUCCAUAAUAUAAUGUGGCGCCGACGACGACCUCUGCAGCUGUGCUAGUACCAGCUGCGGCGGUGGUGCUGCUGGCGAUAAUGGCGUUGCAACUCUCUGCGUCAGCAGCCACGGUGCCGCCGCCACGGCCAACGCCACCGCCACCGCCGGCGCCGAUUGGGCAGCCCGGCUGCAACACCACCUGUGGCCACGUGAGCGUGCCGUACCCGUUCGGCUAUGGGCCCUCCCGCUGCUACUGGCCGGGGCUCAACCUCACCUGCGACACCAGCCACGGCCACCCGCCGCGGCUGCUGCUCGGCGACGGCACCCUCCGGGUCGCCGAGAUUUCUCUGUCCAGUGAAACCGUGCGCGUCGUGCCUACCGGCUUGAUAAUAGACACCACCGGCGACCUAACCUCACCGGGCUGGAACGCCUCUGUCGAAUUCGGCCGCGGCUUCCGGGAGCAUGGCUACCUGCUGUCGGCCCGAAACGAGCUCAUCGUCACCGGAUGCAACGUGGUGGCGACGCUUUCUGCGGACAUCGUCGGGGAAGAAACCACCAAGAUCGUCAGCGGCUGUGCCUCCUUCUGCACCAAGAGCGACCACGAGGACGUCGGCUACAUAUAUGACCACCACGAGGCUUCAUAUACGGCGUACGUACUGCACUGGCUCAUCGGGCUGCUGCAGGGCGUUCCUCGCUUCUACUGCUGGAGCUAUGGCACUGACCUCACAUCGCUGCCCAUGUGCCCGCUGCCACUUGAUCUGGGGGCGGAGGUGGUGCAGACCUGUUUCUUCUUUUGUGUGAAUUGGUUCGUUAAUUGGCUCCAGAUAUCGACGAGUGCAAGUUUCCAAGUGAAAAGAGGGUGUGCUUCGGUUUAUGCAUCAAUACGAUCGGGUCAUACGAUUGCCAGUGCCCACAAGGAACUUAUGGCCAACCUAAUGUCGAAGGUGGCUGUGUCGAUUAUAAUUUCAGCGAAGGUCAGUAUAUAUUCAGUACAAAAACACCCCGGAGUCGCACUGGUUGCACUUGCACACACAGACACAGCGGUAUCUUACAUUGGUUUAUUUGCAGCACAUGCGAUGUCCCCUACCGUUGCUCGGGUGCCGACAGGGCUGCCCAAAUGCAACACUACCUGCGGCGAUGUGAGUGUGCCGUACCCGUUCGGCUUUGGGCCCUCCGGCUGCUACUGGCCGGGGCUCAACCUCACCUGCGACACCAGCCACUACCCCCCACGGUUGCUUCUCGACGGCAACGGCACACUCCAGGUCGUCGACAUCUCCUUGCGCGACUCCACAGUGCGCGUCAUCGCCCAUUAUAUAGCAGCACCGACUGGACCACGGAAGUCGCACUCGGUGGGUUACGAUAUCAGCGUACCCUACGAACGCAACUUCACCAAACGCCGUCUGGUGGCUGAUGUUCGGCUCCCAGACAUCGGCCAGCACUACGUGCUGUCAACCAGGAACGAGUUCAUCGUCAUCUCCGGGUGGGACGUGCGCGCUACCCUCUACGGGGAGUACUACAGAAACGGCAGCAGCAGCAACACCAGCGACAGUAUCAUCAGCCGAGCUGUCUGCAGCUCCGGUAACAAUGGCUCCUGCCACGCGCCCAUCUCUUCUGGCAGCGCGCCCAAGAGGGUGGAAUUCAAAGAGCUCAGCAUCAACGUCAGCCAACAUCAUGGUAAUUGGUCGCCUUACCUCGCAUUGGCGUUCAUCUCAGAGGUGGGGUUGUUUCAUCAGUGGCAGCACAGGAUCUUAAACACGAAUAAUCUCAUUCGUUACAUGGCAUCUCCCAUUGUCAUACAAUGGGCCGUUAAGCAAGGCUUGUCAGCGCCUGCUGCCGACAACUCAGGCAAGUGCCCAAGGGACGUGCUCAGCCGCCUUUGCAAGAGCGAGCACAACGACUGCAGGCAAGAGAAUGGAGGCUUUACUUGCCACUGCUCCCAGGGCUACGACGGCAACCCUUACAUUGCCAAUUGAUGUCAAGAUAUCGACGAAUGCAACGUCCCAGGGCUACGCUAUUCAUGCUUGGGUGGCUACUGCAACAAUUUACCAGGAAAUUUCGAGUGCCAGUGCCCGCCAGGAACCCAUGGCAAUGCAUCUGAGACCGGUGGCUGUGUCACCAGAUCCCCAACAGGUUUAAUCAUUGGUUUGUCAGUUGCAAGUGGUCCGGCGCUCCUUCUGUUGGUUCUGGGUAUAUUGUUCCUACUUCGCAAGUUAAAACAGCGCAGAACAAAACUACUAAAACAAAAGUACUUCAAGCAAAAUCGUGGACAAUUGUUGCAACAGUUGUUGUUUCAAAAGGCUGACAUUGCAGAAAGGAUGAUAAUAUCAUUGGAUGAGCUUGCAAAGGCCACAAACAACUUCGACAAAGCUCGUGAGAUUGGUGGUGGAGGACAUGGUACUGUUUACAAAGGAAUCUUAUCGGACCUUCAUGUCGUAGCCAUCAAGAAGUCAAAGAUUACAGUCCAGAAAGAAAUAGACGAGUUCAUAAAUGAGGUAGCAAUCCUCUCACAGAUCAACCAUAAGAAUGUGGUAAAACUCUUUGGAUGUUGCCUAGAGACCGAGGUGCCAUUGUUGGUUUAUGAGUUUAUCUCCAAUGGAACACUUUAUCACCAUCUCCAUGUUGAAGAACCGAGGUCACUAUCAUGGGCCAGUAGGUUGAGGAUUGCAACGGAGAUAGCUGCUUCUCUUGCCUAUCUUCACUCAUCAGUAUCAAUCCCAAUAAUCCAUAGAGACAUUAAGUCCAGUAACAUACUUCUUGAUGAUACAAUGACAUCAAAGAUAUCAGACUUUGGAGCUUCAAGAUACAUCCCAGGUGACAAAACUGGGUUGACAACAAGGGUUCAGGGAACAAUAGGAUACUUGGAUCCUAUGUACUUUUACACAAACCGCCUCACCGAGAGAAGUGAUGUCUAUAGUUUUGGCGUAAUUCUUGUGGAGCUGCUCACUAGGAAGAAACCAUUUUUGUAUUUGUCCUCUGAAGGUGAUGGCCUUGUUUCCCAUUUUGUUAACCUUAUUUCUGAGGGAAAUCUUAGUCAGAUAAUAGAUCCACAAGUUACGGAGGAGAGAGGCACACAAGUCCAAGAAGUUGCUACACUUGCAGCAUCCUGUAUAAAUUCAAGAGUUGAGGAAAGACCAACAAUGCGACAGGUAGAACAUACACUACAUGAGCUUCAGGGUCCCAACAGUUAUAACAGAGACGGUAUUGUAGCUGUGGAACCCACAAACGAUAGCAUUACGACGGACAAUCCAUCACUGAGUGGACAAGGGCAAAGAUAUGAGAACCCAUGUAGCAGAAGAUACAGUUUGGAGCAAGAGAUGAUGGUGUCUGCAAGCUACCCUAGGUAGCACUGCUCUGCUUGGGAGUAACUACAAAUGUGCAUGAUGGUUGAACUCAAUGCACUGUUUCUCACCAUCCCUUUCGUUUCGGUAGCACGAUU